GCGAGAGGAAGGCGUUCGCGGCAUUUUUUGACAGUUGCAUUUUUUUUCGCGACAAGGCGGAUUGUCAAACAGCCUAGUUGAAAGUUGUGUUUGUUUAUCAUUGUGAGAAAUGGUGAAGUUCUGGUGGAUGUUUAUGUUAUUUGCUAAAAUUGCAUCGGCUAGUGAGAACGAGCUUCCAUCUGCGGAGGUGCAAAAAGAGUCACGUUUCCUUCCUCUGUUCGAAGCGAAGCGAUAUGACAACCGACCACUUGGAGUUGGGCCUGGCGGUCUACCGCCGUUGACCACAGUGCCCAUCGCUGGGGAGCGCUGCUCGUCACGCCUGGAGUCCGCAUUAGACCAGAUGAAGCGACGGAAAAGGACGCAGCCGAAAAAUUUGGACACCCCUUUGAGUCAAAGCAUCGAUCUCAAUGGCUACAGCUUGUACCAGCAAAUGCGAUCAGCUCCCGUCGACAUGUAUGUUACAAGGAUGAGGGUACGACUGCCGCAAAACAGCAACUGGGUUAGAGUGGAGAAAUGCUACUUCGACCCAAGAAACGUCUCACUGGAUACCAUGCUUCUAUUCCACGACAUAACAAUCAGUGGCAAUGUGGAUCUAUACGAUGCAAAUGACCUAGAUAGAGGUAUUCCACCCAGCCGAAGAUCGAGAAGACAUUUCGCCGAAUCCAGAUCAAUAGACGGCCCUUUUGACAACUACGCUAGAAGUCGAGGCAGUAACGGCUGUAACAUGAUCCUAAGACUAAGAAAGGCAGGAAUUGGCUUCCACACUCGACCUUUGAAUCAACAACCAGGUAAAUUCAACGUGAAAACCGAUUCAGAAUUCGUUGAACCUGGCUUCAUAAGCGUAUACGCAUACGGUUGCGAGAAGUACAUAAACAGAAACUCAGUUCGGAAUAAGGACAACUUGCCUUUGAAGCGACGAAAGCGAUCGGAUGAGUUUACUUUUGAUGCAAGACCAUUAUACAGUGGGGGAGUGGAUAGUAGGGCAGCUGACAACAACUGGGACAUUGUUUACGAACCGCGAAGUAGGGUCAAUUACGAACGAAGUAAACUGUUUAGGCCCGACGACGAAUUGGACGAAGCAGAAGACAUUUCUCGAGAAAUGGAAGACAUAUUUACAAAAGGUAUACGAACUCUUUUGACCACUUAUAUGAAGAAAGAAUUGCAGCCAGCUAUCAAAGACACUUUGAUGCGGAAUAUGGGCUAUGUGAUAUCGUACGGCUGAACAGAAUCUUAAACCUACUUGUUAAAAUAAAAAAUACUUUAGCUGGGUACCUAUUGGGAAAAGUGACGAAAAUUUUAAGAAUCGAAUUAAAAUGUUAGGGCACAUAAUUUUAAAAUGUUUACGAUUAGUUUUGUAUUAUUGU